CGCAACCACCAUUCACAGUCGUACACUUGUAAGCUUAUUAUUAGUGUUUUAUGUGACAGGCCGUGACUUUAUUAUCCUUAUAAACUAACGUCGGACCUCCGCCAUAAGUUUUUUCUCAGCUAAUGAAGCAUUAAAAGAUCAAUUUGAUUGAUUUCUUCAUUUCCAGCAACUUUAAAUCGUGUUUAAGCAAAAUGAGCAGAGCACAAGAUCCACCGAGAGGUUUCUUCCCAUUUGGGAACCCCUUUCGUAUGCUAUCCCCCAAGGGCUCACCUUUAUCUCCCUGGCUACUCUCUCUUUUAAACAACUUCGAGUUACUUUUAGCAGAGAGGCUCAAGAAACUCAUGCCUAAGUCCAAAUCCGACAUCCUCACCUUAUCAUGGAUGAAGCUAGCCAUGGAGUCACUCUGCGAGACUCACACCAACAUCAACACCCUCAUCACCGACCUCCAGCUUCCUGUCUCCGACUGGGAGGAGAAAUGGGUCGACGUCUACCUCGACGUAAGCGUCAAGCUGCUAGAUCUCUGCAACGCGUUUAGCUCGGAGCUCACGCGUCUUAACCAAGGAGAUCUCUACCUUAAGUGCGUGCUUCACAGCUUGCAGUCUGGUUCUGGCGAGAAGAAGUAUCUCCAGGCUCGGUCUUCGCUUGAUAGUUGGAGGCAGCAUGUGAAUGCAAACAACGCUAGGAUUGAAAAUUGCCGUGCGGUUCUUGACUCUUUGGUUAAGUCUCUGAGCUUGCCUAAGGUCAAGAACUCGGAUAAAGGGAAGGUUCUUAUGAGGGCCUUUUACGGUGUGAAGGUUCAAACGGUUUAUAUCUGCAGCGUGUUCACCGCGGCCUGGUCUGAUUCCACCAAUGAUCUUUUCGAUUUACCGGUCUCUGAGAAGCCGUUGUGGGCUAAGGUCUUUGCUGAUGUGCAGAGCGUUGUGAACGGUGAGAUCAGAGAGAUGUUGUCUUCUGGUAGAAGUACGAUUCUCAAGGAGCUGGAGAGCGUUGAUGCUAGUGUGGAAAAGCUGUAUCCGAUGGUUCAAGAUGGUGUUGGUACUGUGGAAGCUGAGUCUUUUAAGGAGUGUGUAAUGGAGUUGGGGGUACAAGCUGAGAAACUGUCUCAAGGGUUAGAUCAGUUACUAGAGGAAGUUGAUAGUUUCUUUAAAAUGACUUUAAGUGGAAGAGAUGUGUUGCUUUGUAAUCUUAGGUCUAGUGACUCAUUCUCUAGCAAUGCAAUUGGAGAGAUUUAGUUUAAGUCUAUGAGGUAUAGGUCUCUAAAAGUGUGCAUCUUGUUGAGCUUGUCUCUUUGGUAUAAGUGUGUGUUGGUCUUGUCUGUACUGAUUGAAAUCAAUACAAAAUAUAUAAAAAUUCUGUUUGACUUGUUUUUAAUAA